UCACAGGAGAAUGACAAGCCCCUGACGGAGCUCAGAGCUUCAGUGUUAACUAACACGGGCUCGCCGUGGCUGAGCGGGGCAGGACUCAUUCCAGAACUAUUAAUAUAGCCCCUAUUUAUACUUGCGAGUCCCUGCAAGCAGCACAGCAGAGCUACAGCUGCAGAGCUAAAAUGGAAUCAAUGUCAGCCCCCAAGGAGAAAGUGAUUCUCUCGGCCAUUGUGAGGGGAAGGAGACAGUGAAAGGACAGAACGAGGGAGGUUUCAGACCUGAGAGUGGGGUGAGCUGCUCGCGGCACCCUGAGAUCCCAGCUGGCGGCAGAGUCAGCCGGAAACCUCCCUUCAGCCGGUAAGUCUGUGCUGAGGCUGCCAGAAACGCAGCAGAAACGCUGCCCAGCGUCAGCACAGCACCCACAGCGCCGGUGGAGACAAGGCGGGGACUGGAGCUGCUGCUGCACUCAUCCUGUAUCUGGUGUGACUCAGGACAAAGGAGCAGAAGCCUAAAAAGAGGUUUAGGGAGGGCUUUGAGUGCACUGUCUGCUGGGCUGGAGCCAUGAUGGAAAGCACAGGAGGGCCAUAUCUGAACACUGCUGCAGUGACAUCCCCUGUGGGAAUAGCUCGCUUGCUGCAGAUGAUGUUUGGAUGCACCACAUUCAGCCUGGUAGCCCACAAAGGUGGCUUCAGCGCCGCGUAUGGCACUUUCUGCAUGUUUGUCUGGACCUUCUGUUUCGCCAUCACCGUCUUCAUCAUCACCUGUGAAUUCACACACCUCCACAGCUGCCUCACCAUCUCCUGGGGAAACUUCACUGCUGCUUUCGCCAUGCUCGCCACGCUCAUGUCCGUCACGGCUGCGGUGAUCUACCCGCUCUACUUUGUCCAGCUUGACUGUUACCCCAUCAGCUGUGAGGUGAGAGACUUCCGCAUUGCUGCCAGCGUCUUUGCAGGCCUCCUGUUCCUUGUGUACGCUGCCGAGGUGUUCUUAACCCGGGCAAAACCAGGGCAAGUCACCAGCUACAUGGCCACGGUCUCUGGGCUCCUGAAAAUCGUGCAGGCCUUUGUGGCCUGCAUCAUCUUUGGGGCGCUGGUGAACGACAGCCAGUAUGGCAAAUACGUGGCGACGCAGUGGUGUGUGGCCGUCUACAGCUUCUGCUUCGUGGUGACGGUGGUGGUUGUGGCCUUCAGUGUUACAGGUAAGACCAGCUUGCUGUGGUUCCCCUUCGAGCGCUCCGUGGUCAUCUACACCCUGGCGGCCGUGCUGCUGUACGUGAGCGCAGCCGUCAUCUGGCCCGUGUUCUGCUUUGACAGCAAGUACGGCUCCGCGCAGCGCCCCGCCUCCUGCGCCAAGGGCCGGUGCCCAUGGGACAGCCAGCUGGUCAUUGCCAUCUUCACCUAUGUGAACCUGCUGCUCUACAUCGUGGACCUGGCGUAUUCCCAGCGCAUCCGCUUUGUCUCACACCUCUGAAGCGCGGCGCUGGUGCCGGCAGCAGCCAGGGGUGAGCAGGAGGUGGGCUGCAGGAGGAGGCGCUGAUCAGGCACAGGAGCCACAAACUGAACUUCAAGGUCAGGACUGACCUGGCCAGCAAAUGAAUGAGCUGUCACGGGUGGGCUGGGAAAAGCCCAUCUCCCCAUCACCCAGCAUCUGCCCAGCGCCUGGUGCCACAGCAAGGAAUGGCACAGCCCAAAGUAUGUGAAAUGGCCUUUUGCCUCCAGGCAGCAGAAAUGCCUCCUGCAGCAGCAGUGGGUCUGCAGGCUGCUGCAUCCCAGAGCCAAAUAUUAGGAAAGGCACCAAAGAUUUUGAAACUGUUACCAGCGCUUAACCGUAAUCAAGUGACUGUCCAGGAAGUGGGAAAGUUAAAAGUUGCAUCAAGGAACACCAGUUCUGGAGAUGAAAAACAAUCCCUCAGAGUUUGGGUUAGUCUGGGCUGUGUGGUGAGACAUGAAAUGAUUGCGAGUUUGGGAAAUUCCAGUCAGGAUGUUUCUGAGAACAUUGUAGCUGCAAUAGUGUUUUGAAGAUUGCCAGACCUUUCCUUUCCUCUGCUCUCCUCUGCUGUUUAGCACAGAAAAAGAAUAUCUUCAAGCAUGCACCUUGGGGGGGCUGGAGGGGGGAAACGCGGGAUAUUCCUAUUUAGCCAACACUGAGUCAUUAGAGAGAUUAAUGUUUGUGAAAUUUGGGCUCUGCUGCCAAGAAAUGGUGCAGAACAGAGCCAGGCUGCACAGUGUCCAUGUGUAUAUCGCAUCCCUGUUGAGGGUGGUACUGGGGGUACCUUGGCGCAUGCUCCCUCUGCUCAGCUGCCACCAUUCCUUUAUCCCCAUGGCACAAUCACAUUUUCUUUACUGGGAGCUUAAAGGCGAAUUCUGGGGGUGGGCAGGGGGAGAUGAAUGGAUCUCACAGUGCUGCAGGAAGAGCAAACCUGGGGGCGGCAGCUGGGAAGGGAGAGAACCUGGAUGCAACAGGAGCAAGUGGGGUUGCUCUUGGGCUGAUGAAGCUCUGGGGCUCCUCAACUCCUUGUGUCACCAAUGAGCAGCAUUUCUCCAACCCACCCCUGACAGAACACAGCUCUAAGCCCCAUGCUGCACAGUGCAGACCUUGAGCUUCAUUUCUGACCCAGCUAGAACCAGAGUGGUCCCAGUUCCUAUGCAGGCCUGGUUCAAGUUUCAUGUAGCUGCGUGUCAGAGCAAGCUUUAGUUCUUAACCAAGCUAAAAUAAAGCUGGAUGGCAGAUGGGUACCACACCUCCCGAGAUCUGUGUGCGUCAUCCUGCUCUCACACAGCUUUUCUUCCACCAGCGGUGCCCCUUCUGCUCCGUGCUGAAACCACAGCUCCGUUCAUUUUGCUGUAUGGAGCCUGAACACAGCCCCAGGAGUAUCCACACAAGACAGGCGAGGGCUCUGCCUGCUGCUGUCUGUAGCAGUCACUCAGGAGGAAGGCCGACAGCUUCCCUCAGAUCAGUGCCCUGCAUGGGGCUUGACAAGCAAAGGAAAAAUUUGGACAGGUUGUGCUGGGUAAUUCUGCCCCCAAUAAGAACCAUCCUGGAGCAGUGGGAAAUAUCCCCUGAAAAGGGUCAAGAAUCAGUAUCCAGAAUGAAGGGAAUGCACUAAAUGCCCUUUCAAGGGAGUUUUUCUCUUCUGUGAUCCCCAUUAAGGGCAGGAAGUCUGGAACAUAAUGGUCAGGGCACGACCCAAGACUAUGUACUGCAGAUAUGCACCAGGGUGUUAGAGAGCUUUAGCUUUUGCCACCAAAGCAAACGGGGGGCUGUACAAUUAGGAAAUGAUAGCUUGGGAAAAUGAAUCCCUCUGUACAGGAGGAGGCAGCUCCCAAAGAGCCACUGCCCACACCGGGAGCCUGGAGCAGUUACCAUGUAGUCGGUUGAAAAUACUUAUUUGUUAUUACUGCAGAGUGCUUGGAACCAGGCAGGUGAUUGCGGCUCCUGCGGCACUGCCAGUCCUUGGGGCAGCAGAGCCUGUGUGGAGCUCCUCAGCCGGCAACAUCUUUUCCAGCUGUGGAUUCACUUGCUUUUUGCUGUGAAGAUUCUAUGCCAAGUAGGGAUGACCAGCAGGGAUAUGACAGAAUCUACUAUUGACACAGGUUGAUGCGAAUUCCACGGUGCCGGGGACUUAAAGGUCCAAGAGAAACAGGGAAGUGGAGAAUGAUGGGGGUAAAAUUUAGUGUCUUCACAAUAAGGAGGAAAUAGAAUUUAACAUGGAAAUCAUGAUACCACUGACUGGAGGAGUGGAAAGACAAGUCAUUGCCAAGAACAGUGUGUUCAGAUUUAGCUUUCUCAUCUGCCAGCCAAAGGCUGAGCAAAAAAUGUUAGCAUGGUCAAAAUGGCAAAAAAAAUAAUUGUGUGGACAGCAAUCCACUCUCUUAGGAGAAAAAACUACCAAAAAAAUCAAAACCUCAUGCUCCAGUGGUUAAAACACUCACUAACCAUUGGAAACUAUGAGAUUACCCAACCCAGCACAGAGACAGCCGCUAUCUGCUUAAUGUGAUUUUCACAAUCAACCUUGUCACGAUUCAGUUCAUUAAAAAACCCUUUAUUUUCAGAGCUUCUCUUCUCCCUUAAC